UGUACAUAUUAUCACUUUAGAACUCAAUAACUAAAAAAUAUUAGGAUCCAGAACCCAUGCAUAUAAUCAUGAUGUUUGGUUCAAGUUGCAUGUACCUCGACAAUUUCACCAUGUACUUGAUACUAUAUUCCACCUGUAUACUGGAUAACUCUACCUAAAAAAAUUAGACAAUAAAAAAAAAAAAAAAUCACCUCCGAUCCAUUUUGUGGUCUCAGCAAGAAUUUAAAUCUAGUUUGCAUCUUUAACAAUAUCUGGUACUAAGAAGCAAUGCUGGGUAGGCAGGAAGAAUAGAAGUAUUAAUGAUACAAUAUUAAGGUAAGGCACGUCAUUUAAUUUCAUGACAGUUAUUAGAGCCCUUGUAGGCCAAAUGUGUAGCAGCUUAACAAAUUCCAAGAAAUAGUCACAUUACUACCACAUGCUCAUUACAAUAUUAUCAAGAGACGUCUUAUCAUCUUGUCUCCUUCAUUUGCUAUAUAGAUAACAUUGCUUGAGUCUUAUAGUCCAUCACAAAGCUAAGAUUUUCUUCUCACAAGAAAAAACAAAAACAAAAACAGCAAUGGCUUCUUCUUCAAAAUUCAACCACAUCAUAAGAUCAAUCAGUUUGCCUGGAAAAUCACAUCCAACAGGUCAAAGAGUUGAAGAGGCACUCAACAACCUCAAAACAUUGAAAAUAUCAAAUGAAUCAACAGCAGAGACAAUGCACGAUGGUCUACUCGGUUUAGAGGAGUUAUAUAAGUGCGUAAAUGAUCUACUUAACUUGCCUCAGGCUCUUCAAUUCUUCUCCCAACAUCAACACGAAAAAUGGGUUAAGGAUUUAUUGGACAAGUCUGAGAGGCUUCUUGAUGUGUGUGUCGCUAUAAGGGAACUCGUCUUACAAUGUAAGGAAAAUGUAAGAGAGCUUCACCACUCUCUCAGAAGGAGUCAAGGGGAUUCAACAACAGAAACCAGCAUCAUCAAGUUCACCUCCUCCGGUAAGAAGAUAAAGAAAGAAGCGAAGAAAUUAGUAUUAGCCUUGAAUAAAAUGGAUCACGAGACUACUGAGGGAUCAGUAUUCCUAGAUGCACACCAGGACACGAUAGACAUGAUUAAAACACUAAGGGAAGCCAAUGCAACGCGCAUUUCCAUUUUCCAGAUGUUCUUGUCCGUAUUUUCUGACCCACUUUUGAAGCCAAAGCAAUCUAAACGGUCAUUGGUUUCAAGAUUGGUAAGCAAAAGAAGAAUAUCAUGCGAAGGCGAAGAAGAGAAAAUGGACUUGGAAACUAGGUUGGAAUCGUUCGAAUCUCACCUUGACGACUUUGAAAAUGGUUUGGAAGGACUAUUUAGGUGCAUGAUUAGAUCAAGGAGUUCUCUCCUAAAUAUUUUCUCCUGCUAAUGUUGAAUAUUCUGUUCAUAAAAAUAUUGUAGUUAUUG